GGUUUUCACCAGAUUUCCCAGAGGACCAUAAGCACUGCUUCGCGCAGGCAGUUACAAAAUAGAGUCCCUGAGAAGCAGAAGCAUUUUCAGGAGGAUAAUGGCAUCCCAGUGCAUCUUAAAGGUGGUGUAAUGGAUGCCCUGUUGUAUAGAGUCACCAUGGGUAUUGCAGUUUUUGGAACAGUCUAUGUUCUUUACGAGCUGGGUGUCGCUUCAAUGCCCAAGAAGUAG